GUCAGAAUAUUAUCCCUCAUCCUUACCAAGUCCAUAAUCAUUAUACUCAGAUGCAGACCCAGACUGGUUGCGCAAACAGAUCAGAUUACUGCCAUCUAUUCAAUUUGCCAUUCGGUGAUGUACCACAAUGGACAAAAAUAGCGGCCCCGAUAAUAGGGUGCAAAGCAGUUCGUCACAAGAUUCAGAACCAGAAAAGCCUAGGGAUGAAAGCAUCACUCAGAAUAAAGACGAUGAUGAACAGACGAUGGAAAAUGCUGCUACCAUCUCAACAUCACAGGCAAGCAAGCCGCAAACAAAAGGAGACGCCGAACACGAUGCUUCUUCGAUUUCCAGGCCCAAUGCUGCCGUUCCAGAGGCUGCCUCCAUAACCACUCACAAGAGCGACGUGGAGUCGGGGAAAACCUCCAUACUUCAGCGAGCAUGGCUUGCAUUGUCUUGGGGCCCAGAGGCAACGCGUCACAACCCUGACAAGCCACUCAAGUUUUCGCUUGGCCUCAAUGUCCUGUUUGCAAUUGCAACGACUGUAACCGUUGCCAACAUUUACUACAAUCAACCGAUUUUGAACAAAAUGGCCGAGACAUUCAACGUCAGCUUCGAGAGGGCAGCAUCAGUGGCAACGCUGAUGCAAGCUGGCUACGCAGGCGGGCUCCUCUUUCUGUGUCCGCUAGGUGACGUUCUUGAGAGGAGGCCGUUUAUUCUUGGGCUGGUAAUGCUCACGAUAUUGUUUUGGCUGGGACUGUGCAUCACGCAAUCGUUCGAGGUCUUCCAGGCCAUGUCAUUUCUCUGCGGCUUCACUACGGUCACGCCGCAACUCAUGCUGCCUCUGGUCGGUGACUUGGCUCCCCCGAACCGGAGGGCAAGUUCUCUGUCCAUUGCCGUUGCCGGUCUGUCGUUGGGUAUGAUGGUGGCCCGGGUUCUUUCUGGGAUCGUGUCCAACUUUACGGAAUGGCGCAACAUUUACUGGGUUGCACUCGGACUUCAAUUGGCACUGCUGGCUGCCUUGUGGUUCUACCUGCCAGACUACCCAUCCAAAAACCCUGGUGGUCUUAACUACUUUGGCAUGCUGCUCAACAUCUUCACCCUCAUGGCCAGGGAAGCUGUGCUUUUGCAGGCGUGUCUGAUAUCGUUUUGCAUAAGCGCAGUCUUUACAUCGUACUGGACCACGCUUUCCUUUCUCCUCUCGUCAGCCCCAUAUCACUUUGGACCACUCCAGAUUGGGUUGUUCGGGCUGAUAGGAUUCUUUGUUGUAUUUUGGGGCCCAGCAUUUGGCAGACUUGUGCUCGACAAAAUGGUUGCACUAGUGCCGGCAAUUUGCGGGAUCCUGAUUAAUCUCGUUGGCGUCACCAUUGGCACCUUUACUGGCACCUUCACAAUAGCCGGGCCGAUAUUGCAGGCCAUAUUCAUCGACGUCUCCAACCAGACUUGCAACACCGCCUUGAGAAUGGCCAUAUUCAACAUUGAUCCAAAAGCGAGAAACAGAGUCAACGUCGCCUAUAUGAUAGCUGCGUUUUGCGGACAGCUCACCGGUACGGCCGUAGGGAACCGACUCUAUGCCCAGGGAGGCUGGAGGUGGAGUGGCAGCUGUAGUAUGGGCUUCCUUGGCUUUGCAAUACUGGUCUGCUUGGCUAGAGGUCCUCGUGAGACGGGCUGGGUGGGCUGGACCGGUGGUUGGUAUCCCCGGGUUGAGAGACGAGACAAGGCGUUAGCGAUACCAAACCAGCAACAGGCUUCGCAAGAACUCUCCGAGAGCCCUGAAAACAAAGUAUAAACACGAGAGAGUGGCGCCAAGGAAAUAUGUCAAGAUUUGGUUGUUUUCAUUCAAAACCGUAAUCAUGAGACUAGGACAUCAUAAGCAGUCUCGAAGCUGUUCCGGGGACGCUACGACUGGAUAGUCCUGUCGUCCACUAUUAGAGUGUUCGCUAUAUAACACUAGUUGGGGAUGAUAAUAGGCCACUUUUGGUAGUCUAUCCGGGCGUUCCCGACAUCAGACGGUGGGGCAACAACUACCUUUGUAGCAGCCCAAACGCUCUCCUGCUCGCCCCUCCACAAAAUCAUAACAAGCUCGUGAAACCCACACAAAACACAAAAUACCGAGUCGACAUCCUUUUCAGACCCUUAAUAUCCCGGCUGCUGCCUGUCUGAGGAGGCUGGCGGGGCCACCUCCCCCGAGAAGACUGGCGACCGCACCGAUGCCACCAGGCUUAGCGCCGCCGCCGCCGCCGCCGACGCCACCACCCAUCUUUCCGAAGAACCCCGAGCUCGCAGCCUUCGUUAUGGCACCCGUGGAGCCGCCGGCAAUGACGCUGGCCACCCCACCGGCGUCCUUGACCACGUUGAGGACGGAGCCGCCGUUUUUCUUGGUGAAGCCGACGGCGCCCUUGGCAAACCUGGCCACGCCCUUGAACUUGCGGCCGAGCUUGCUGAAGAAGCCGGGCUUGGGCUCGGGCGAUCUGCUCUGGACGACCGCGGCGGCCGGUUGGUUCAGGACGUCGGCGGCGUCGGGCACGCUGCUCCUGCGCCUUAUCAUCAUGCCCUGGCCGUUGGCGUCGUCGAUGGGCGCGGCAAAGUUGACGGGGGCUGCGAUGGCCGAGGCGACGAAGACAGUGACGAGAGCGGCGAAACGCAUUUUUCUUUUCUUUUACUUUUACUUUGGGCUUUUGGGACUGCUGUUAUUACUUUAUGUGCUAGAGGUUGACCCGCAGUGUAAGAAAAGGAACUAUAGAAAAGAAACAAGCAAGAAGAAAGAAUAGAAGAUGUGUGAAAUGUGUGUGUAGCUGUUAUAAAAGAGGGUAUCAAAACGAAACGAAUCGGCUUGUAAGAGCUA